GUCGUUGUCACCAUGACCGCGGUGUUGCCGUCUGAGGAUGAGCUGAAACAAGCUCUCAUCGCUCUCCGAGCAGAGAAUCCCAGCUUGGGCAUCGCCAAACUUCAUACACUGCUGCUGUCCCGCAACCCGACUUGGACUGUCGGGGAGAAGAGAACGCGACGAAUUCUCCAGAACGAAGGCCUCACGCUCGUUCAAAAUCAGAAGUCAGGAGCAUCUCAAAAGGACGGUUCUGGUCCUGGCCAUGAUCUUCCGUCGUCUACGGUGAUCGAAGGAUUGGACAUAUCCAAAUGGACAUUAAAGGUGGAGGUGAAGUAUUUCAGUAGAAACAAGGGUAAAGGACUGGUGGCGAAAGAGCGCAUCAAAGAGGGCGAAACCGUGUGGAAGGAGGAUCCUUUCAUUUUGGCUCCCGAAUGGGAUGUCUACGACCUGCAGGCAGCCUCGCUUGCUUGCGCACACUGCAGCACGCCGCUCAAAGAGUCAUCUCUGAUUAUAUCAUGUCCUGCCUCUACUUCACGGUCACCGUGUACAGCGAGGUUCUGCAACCGCUUAUGUCUUACACGCUCAGCACGGACCCACCCUCUUCUGUGUCCCUCGCAGAACCCUGCAUCGAUACAAUUGCUCACAUUUGCCCGGAAGAUCGGCUGGAUGGCCCUGCAUGCACUUGCGCAAUGCACUGCACGCAUUCUGUUGACAUAUCAGCAGGAUGAGUCGGCCUGGCGAGAGGACUGGAAGUUUAUCCAGUCUCUUGCGAAACUUGGUAUGGAAGAUCGGGCGAAAGGAGAAUGGAUGAAAGGAGCAGAACCGGACAGGGAGACAUGGAAGAAGGCAUUCCAACUUUACGUUCAAGGGUUUCAGAAUCCGCCCACCGUACCAGAACAAAAGAAGCUAGCACGACUGUUGAAGAAGGCCCUACCGGCAGAGGUUGUCGGCGAGCUAUUCAAUUAUGACGCCUUCCUUCUCGGACUCGGGUGCAUGAGUCUCAAUUUGGAAGCUCAUGGUGGCCUAUACGUGUUUCACUCGCACUUGAACCAUUCCUGCGAUCCCAGUAUCUCUGUCCGGCAUCUGGAGCAGCGCACCGCGCUUGCACGUGUAUCUUUAAUCGCUAAAAAAGACAUUGAGCCCGGGGAGGAGCUAUGCAUUACUUACGUCAAUCCAGGACUACCUCUAGAACAACGCCGCCGAGAAAUUAUGGAGUGGGGUUUCGGCGUCUGUCAGUGCAGGCGAUGUACAACGGAGGCCGAGAACCAUGACAGUGCGCCCGUCGGUAGUGCUAGUAUGAACGAUCUAGAGUCGGAGUUGAAGACUAGUCUGGGGGUGAUGUAGUGCAUCGAAUGCACUUUGAUGUGCCUUAGUCGGAGUUUGCUUCAUGCCAUGAAAUCGAGGGUACUUUGUGAGGUCCGGCUGUGUACGAGAGUGUGU